AGAACGACAAAGGAACUCCAAAGAGAAAAUUAUAAAAAAAAAAAAAAAAAAAAAGACAAGAAAAGAAAAGAGAGAGAGAAGGAGAGGAAGGAAGGAAGAGAGAUACGUUUUUCUCUCUUUCUCUUCGGUUUUGCUUUCAUCCCCCUCCGUAAUCCGAAUUCCUCUUAGGUUAAGGUUUUUAUUCGAUGCGCUUCUGAGCACCGAGAUCGGUUUUAGAAGGUUGGCUUUGUGGAGGUUUCCUUAUUAGUUAUUUGAUUGCAGAGAGUUGAGAAGAUGGACCAUGACAAGACUGGAUGUCAAGCUCCCCCUGAAGGUCCCAUUUUGUGCAUCAAUAAUUGUGGGUUCUUUGGAAGUGCAGCUACAAUGAACAUGUGUUCUAAAUGCCACAAGGACAUGAUGCUGAAACAAGAGCAGGCUAAGCUUGCUGCAUCAUCCAUUGGAAGUAUUGUCAAUGGAUCAUCUAGCAGCAGUGGAAAUGAUUUACUGCCUCUUCCUGCUGCCGCAGCUGCCACUACUGGUGUGCUUAUUCAAACCAAACCAGUAGAACCAAAAUCUAUCUCUGUUCCGUUAGUUGGCUUGGGAUCACAGGAUGAUGAGCCAAAGCUGAAGGCUGGCCCUAAGCGAUGCACCUCCUGCAACAAACGGGUAGGAUUAACUGGGUUUAACUGUCGAUGCGGUAACCUCUUCUGUGCAGUUCAUCGCUAUUCCGACAAACAUAAUUGCCCCUACGAUUAUCGCACCGCUGCACAGAAUGCAAUCGCGAAUGCCAACCCAACUGUCAAGGCUGAGAAACUUGACAAAAUCUGAAGUCUGAUAGAAUAGAGUGAAGAUGCAUUUGAAAUGUGAUGCUCGUUUACAUUCAUGAUGAGAUGCCUUCCAGAGUUUGCUGCAAUAUCUUAUCAAGUGCUGUAGCUUACUAUGUCUACUUGGAGGCGGUUGUGACAUCUCUGCAGUUUGAUGAAACUCUAUAUUUGUUGUGGUUGGAGAGAAUUUCAUAUGUUACACCAGUGUCUUUUAAGUUGUAAUCUUUUGCUGCUGGUUAGUGGAUGUUGUCAUGGUUACGUUGUAAUAUAUCUGUUCUGUUCUAUGUUUCAUUUCGCCCAGGCAUGUUGGUUGUGUGCAGAUUACGAAUGAUAUCUCGAAAAAAAUCUUGGACAGUCCCCCAUGGCAGGGCCUUGUAAAGUUUAUGCAUAGUUCUUUAUGACUUUCACUAA